CAGGUUAAGAUUUUGCUACUGUGGGAGAAUGUUUGCUUAUGCUGCCAUUAUUUCAAUAGAACCAACUGUACGAGCGGAGCUGAUGGAACAGGUGCCUCAUAUUGCAUUGUUUUGUCAAGAAAACCGGCCUUCAAUACCAUAUGCUUUUUCCAAAUUUUUACUACCUAUUGUGGUUAGAUAUCUUGCAGAUCAGAAUAAUCAGGUGAGGAAAACAAGUCAGGCAGCUUUGUUGGCUCUGCUGGAGCAGGAGCUUAUUGAGCGAUUUGAUGUGGAGACCAGAGUAUGUCCUGUCCUCAUAGAGCUGACUGCGCCAGAUAGCAACGAUGAUGUGAAAACAGAAGCUGUGGCUGUAAGUGGAAUGCUGUUUUUCCAUUCAGGCAAAACUAGACUGAUAGGAGGUGCUCACUAA